AAACAUGCAAGCGUGUGAGUCAACAUGACGAAGAUGAAGAUGCGACAAGACUAGGCGCAGACAAAGCCACGCACGCACGCACGCACGCACUCGGAGUCACCAUUGUCUCGUUAACGCGCACGAACAACGAUGCUGUAUUGGCUUGUGCUCGCGGCCCAGCUGCUCGGUUCGGUUGAGGUCAUCGCUGCUUUCCGGGUGCGUGUCAGCGAGGCCGGCCAGAUCGCGGCGGACCUGGAGACCUCCGACCUUCGGGAGAACGUCACGGCGUACGCGGCGCAGAUCAGCGGGGAGCCUCGGCCCGCCGUGCUCCCGUUCGGGGAGCCCGGCCGGCCCGUGCUCUUCAACGCGUCCUUCCACGGCCUGCGCUACAGCGUGGGCCUGCUGCUACAACGAGGACUGCUCUGGUCCAGACCCGUCGAAAGCGUGUCCCUCCUCACCAGUGAGCAGACCUCGGCAGAGUCCCGUCCCGUCCCGUGGGUGCGCCUUUCGACCGGAGCUCUCCUGUCGCCAACAGGGCCGCUUCCUGUGAGCAGCGUGCACAUUUCAGACUACAAGGAUUCUCCGGAGACCGGCGUGGUGUUUGACAUCGACACUCCCGCGGGCAACCUUUUCAGCAGAGUCAACAUCAGCUACAGCGAAGGGAGCGAAAGGCGCUCGAUGCUCUACAAAGACUUCUACGAGGGGAAGACCGUGUUCAAGCACUGGCUACCCGGGGUGUGCUACCGCAACGUCACCUUCCAGCUCAUCUCGGAGGCCAGCGCCUACCAGACGGCACAGAGUGACAUCACCCACAUGCCCGUGCAUCACAGGACGGUGCCGUACCCUCCCCUCGACAUCUCGUGGAGCGUCGUGGACCUGAGCCAAAGCCCGACGCGGGAAAGCCGACCGGCCGCGAUCGGCAGACGCUCCCGCGACGUCCCUGGCACGCAAGAGGAGGAGCCGAAGACUUCCGAGGAGCCGCCGCUGGCACGCAAUCGGAGCGCCGGCGCAGAGAGCACGGACGCUCGCGACCGUUGGCCGGACUCCGCCGCCGAAACCUCCGCCGGCAGCGAGGACGAGUUUGUCAACGGCGAGGCCCUCGAGUACGAGGACUCCAACGACGCGGGGUCGGCGAUGGCUCUCCCCGCAGAGUCUUUGGUCCUGCCGGCUAAGAUGUUCCCCGUCCUGCUGGAACUGCGCUGGCUGCCUCCCAGAGCGCCCACCAGCUACGACGGCUUCCACAUCUACAUUGGAAGAGACGGUAACACCACUCAGACGGCCAGCGUGGACGAAAGCACUCACGAGUUCUUUACGGAGCUGAGCGAGGCGGGAACGUACAGCCUGCGAGUCGCCACCCUCAGCGCGGCGGGAGACUGCGAGGCCAGAGAGAGCGCGGCCGAUGCCGGAUUCACCUUCUACCUCGGUCCCAAGGGCGAGCUUCUGCGUGAGCUGCGGCAGCGUCCGCGAGCGGUCACCGUGCACCUGCUGGACUCCAGCACGGCCGCCGUGUCCUGGGCCCGGAGCUCGGAGGCCCACGACGGCAGCAUCGUGUCCGUGGUGUCCAGCACCUGCCUGAAGCCCAGCCCGAGUCAAAGGGUGGAGAGCAACUACUGCAGCGAGGAAAACUCAACCAGCGCCAUCGUGGGCAACCUGACGCCGGGGGCUCAGUACCGGGUGGUGGUCUACCACACCAACGGACCCCUGAUCAGUCCUCCCUCAGAAGCCGUCAUCAUGGAUAUCGAGCCCACGGGCGUGCAAGACCUGGCCGUGUACCCACUGAGCCCCACGGCGGUCAUCUUGAGCUGGCAGCGCCCGUAUCAGGUGGCCUUCCGCAAGUACGUCCUCCAGACCUUCUUCUUCAACCCCGUCACGCUGAGCUCCGAGUGGAGCACCUACUACGAGAUCGCCGCCACCGCCUCCGUCAUAGCGUCGGUGAGGGUAACCGAUCUGCUGCCAGCUUGGUACUAUAAGUUCCGCGUGACCAUGGUGACGUGGGGCGAGCCGCCGCUCACUUGCUGCGACGGCUCCACCGUCAGCUUUGUCACAGCUCCCGAGGCGCCGCACAUCUCUUCGGUGGAUUACUCCCACGGAGUCCUGUAUGUGCGCUGGACGUACGGCGAGCUCUUUGUGGACCUGUCGCACUCCAGGAUCACGCACUGGCAGGUCGUGGCGGUCGGCAAGAAAGGUUCCGAGAGGAGCUACUCGGUAGACGUGAGUGUCUGGCUGUUUGCUGACGCUGUCGCGUUGACGCUGUCGCGUGGCCUCUCUCGCUUGCUUCCUUCCUCCCUCGCUUGCUUCCUUCUUCCCUCGCUUUCUUCCUUCCUCCCUCCCUCGCUUGCUUCCUCCCUCGCUUGCUUGCUUCCUCCCUCCCUCGCUUCCUUCCUGAGCUCUCGUAUGCGUCCAGAACUCUGUCGAUACUUUUGCACUUGGCAGGUGACUCGAAAUGCGAUGCGGGCCAGCCUGCCUCUGCCGCCCGGCGACAUCUACAACCUGACGGUGACGGCGUGCACCGAGCGCGGCCGCAACACGUCCGUUCCCGGCAUCAUCAAACUGGAUCCGGCCCCUCCCAGGUCCGUGCACGCCGUCAACGCCACGCACUCGUCGGUGACUCUGCUGUGGAGCGAGGAUGGCGUGGCGGAUCACUAUCAGGUGCUCUGCAGAGCCAGCCCGGGCGGAAAGGAGGUGAAGACCGGAGAGCCUCGGGUGUCCGGCUCGCAGGCGCUGACCGUUUCCGGCCUGAUGCCCUCGUCUAGCUACAACUGCAGCGUGGUCAGCGUCAGCUACAGCACGCCCAGCAAGCCCGCCCACGUCACCUUCACCACCGCCGCCAAAGAGAUGAACCCCAGCGUGGCGGCCAUCUCGGCCUUGGCCAUCCUGAGCGUCCUGCUGCUCGGCCUGCUGCUUCUCUUCUUGCUGCUUCUCCGCAAGAAGCACCUGCAGAUGAGCAGGGAGUGCGGCGCCGAGACCUUUGUCAACUUUGCUUCGUUCGAAAGGGACGGGAAGCUGCCUUACAACUGGCGACGAAGCCUCUUUGCCUUCCUUACCCUUCUGCCAUCCUGCCUUUGGACUGACUAUCUUUUGGCUUUUUAUAUUAAUCCAUGGGGCAAGACGGCCUUAAAGAAGCGCAAGCUGACCAGUCCCGUGCAACUGGCAGACUUUGAGGCCUACUUCAAGGAGCUGAGCAAAGACUCGGCCUACAAGUUCUCUCUGCAGUUUGAGGAGCUGAAGAGCGUAGGCCUGGACCUUUCCCACGACUCCGCCGACCUGCCCGUCAACAGGCCCAAGAACCGAUACACCAACAUCCUUCCCUACGACUUCAGCCGGGUGCGGCUCUUUUCCCUGCACGACGACGAAGGCGACGAUUACAUCAAUGCCAACUACAUUCCGGGCUACAAACACGCCAAAGAGUACAUCGCCACGCAAGGCCCUCUGCCGGAAACGCGCAACGACUUUUGGAAGAUGGUCCUGCAGCAGAAGUCGCCCAUCGUCGUCAUGCUGACACAGUGCAACGAGCGGCGGCGGGUCAAGUGCGACCACUACUGGCCCUUCAGCGACGAGCCCGUCACGUACGGCGAGAUCAGCGUGGAGAUGCUCUCGGAAAACGAGUCGCCCGAGUGGACAGUCAGGAAGUUCCGGCUGGGAUACGCGGACGAGACUCGGGACAUCCUGCAUCUGAACUACACCUCGUGGCCGGACCACGGCGUUCCCACGGUCAACGCCAUCGAGAGCAUCCUGCAGUUUGUCCGCAUCGUGCGGCAGCAGGCCAACAAGACCAAGGAGCCCGUCGUAGUCCACUGCAGCGCCGGCGUGGGCAGAACCGGCACCUUCAUGGCCCUGGACCGCCUGAUGCAGCACAUCCGGGAGCACGAUUUUGUCGACAUCAUGGGAAUGGUGGCGGAGAUGCGCUCCCACCGCCUUUCCAUGGUCCAGACGGAGGAGCAGUACGUGUUCAUCCACCAGUGCGUCUUGCUCAUGUGGCAGAAGAAGAAGCAGCAGCAGCAGCCGCCGCUCACCUCCGACGUCAUCUACGAGAACGCCGGCAAGACAUAACGGCCGAGUUUGCGCCAUGCCACCGCGUCAUCCCCAGUCACGAAAAGCUUGGUCAGGAAGCCAGACAAAAAAGGAAGCCCCGCUGAGUCCAUGAGGCAAACAAAGAGCGUGGGAAAAAAUAAA